AUGCAGUGUUUCUAUAUGAUUCUACUGCUUAUUGCUUGCAUACACGGGGGAUUAAGUGCUUCGAGUGAAUCGGAAGCAAAUCUUAAGUCACACUACGUACCAACCGCCGUCAGUUAUGUGAGCUUCAUCCAACACAUCGUUCCAAAGAGAGUGGAAAACUCGAUGGUACUUCCCAAACUACCAACUCGUGCUCCUUUCCACCAUCACGGUCCAACAAGAGCUGAGCAAUCGGGGAUGCAAUUCGUUCCAAUGGUCAAACCAGUGCAAAACCAAUACUACUCCCAGGGACAGAUGAAUAGUCCAAGGCAAGAACACAACAUGUCCCAUCCGAAAACUGGUGCCCGACCGAUGGCAAACGCUUAUCGCCCUGUCUACCCCACUGGCUAUUCUGACCCGGUUUACGUUCACAGUAGGAUUCCUCUCGCAUCCAGGUACGCCAGCGGGAAUCGCGUAGUAAACCAUCCGACGGUGAUCGGUGUUCAACAACCAGCCUACGUGAAGAAGUACGUACAGGUUGGUGCGUACAAUCCGAGCUGGGUACGCAAAACGUUAACAUACGCACCCAAACUCACGUACGUUCCCCACAACUAUCAACGAGUGUGA